AUGGAUAGUCUGUGUUUCAGGGUCUUCUAUAGACAGGGGUUUUUAAUGGUGUUUUACGGUCCAUUACCAUCACCACCACCCACUGUCCGCGCCCCACAGCCGUCAGUACUCACUGUCCGCGCCCCACAGCCGUCAGUACCCACUGUCCGCGCCCCACAGCCGUCAGUACCCACUGUCUGCGCCCCACAGCCGUCAGCAGCCACUGUCCGCGCCCCACAGCCGUCAGCAGCCACUGUCCGCGCCCCACAGCCGUCAGCAGCCACUGUCCGCGCCCCACAGCCGUCACCACCCACUGUCCGCGCCCCACAGCCGUCAGUACCCACUGUCUGCGCCCCACAGCCGUCAGCAGCCACUGUCCGCGCCCCACACAGCCGUCAGCAGCCACUGUCCGCACCCCACAGCCGUCACCACCCACUGUCCGCGCCCCACAGCCGUCAGUACCCACUGUCUGCGCCCCACAGCCGUCAGUACCCACUGUCUGCGCCCCACAGCCGUCAGCAGCCACUGUCCGCGCCCCACAGCCGUCAGCAGCCACUGUCCGCGCCCCACCACCACCACCUCAACAACAUGCCGCCACGCUGA